AGCACUGUGCUUGAGUUAUUUGUGUGCAGUCUGAGCCGUGUGUGUGUGUAACAUGCACAUUAGAAUCUCAUAUAUCCCUCACCCCACCCUUCAUAGAGUCUUAUCCCCACGCUGAAAAGCAAUGCAAAAAUCAUUCAUAAAAAAAAACUGGACCCGAUAACUUUAACAGGAUCUGGAAAAAAAGGCGUAUGGCGACAGUCGAUAUUAAAACAUGCAGAGGCAGACGAGCUUGGGGCCUUACUGAGAGGAAUGAGACUGCAGCAGAGGCGAGAGGACAGGGAGAGAAAUGCUUACUGCAGCCCGCCACACUGAGCCAGAUGCUUUUCUUUUUCUUCUGCAUGCUUGCCCCCCUUCUGGGUUCCUGCUCUUUGAGUGAUCAGCUGAUGAAGAGGCUAGCAGCUCGCUGCUAUGCUGGCUUGCUAAUUCUCUCCCCUCCAGCUGCAGCUGCAGCCGAUCCAGCUACAACCCAUCCUGAUCCACAGAGACAGACUGCAGACUGCAGACAGGUGGAGGAGAACGGGGUCUUGGAGGACAUGGAAGAGGACAUCAGCCUGAAGAAACGGAAAGGUGAUCACCACGGCAACAAAGACUUAGAGUCACGAGACUCCGGCCAGGAGGCUGAAGGAGAAAAGGUCAAGAAGCGCCGGGGACGACCUCCGGCAGAGAAGCUGCUCCCCAACCCCCCCGAGCUCACCAAGCAGCUGAGCACACUGGUGGAUAUGGUCAUCAACUACAAAGAUGGGUUGGGCCGUCAGAUCAGCAAAGGCUUCAUCCAACUGCCUUCAAGGAAGGAGGUGUCAGAGUACUACGAGCUGAUCCGAAAGCCUGUGGACUUCAGGAGGAUCAGGGAGCGUGUGCGCAAUCAUAAGUACAGGAGUGUGGGAGAUCUGGAGAAAGACAUCAUACUGCUGUGUCACAACGCCCAGACCUUCAACCUGGAGGGAUCUCAGAUAUUUGAGGACUCGAUUGUUCUCAAGUCUGUGUUUGAGAGUGCACGACAAAGGAUUGUCAUUGAUGAUGUGAAACAGGACAGCACUGCCAUCCGUGAUGACGGAGGUCGAGACAAUCAGUUGGUUUCAUCAGCAGUGAAAAUGGCAACAAAGCAGGGGAAACAGAGGAUGAAGGAGGAGAGAAGCAGAAAGACGAAGGUCAAGAAAACAGUCUACAGUGAUGUAGACAGCGAUGAGGAUCUGGAGGACAAUACAGCUAAAGAUGAGGGUUGACCUGUAGGACCAACGCUAGUUAAUUUAUCCUCCUUAUCCUCUUUCUUUCUAUCCACUGUGACUGUUUUUGCGUUGCAGCUUAUUAAUUUGCUCACCUUGCAACAGGUUUGUCUCAUCUCGAGUCAAGAAAGCUACUCAAAGGAAUGUACAUAACUAAUAACUAAUUUUUUUUAUGAUGUUGCUCCCUCGGUCUUCAUGUGAAAGCUACUGUGUGUAUCCUUAAUGCUUUACCAGAGGAUAUCUCUCCACUCUUUUUCCAUUAGUUGUUUAUUUAUUUGAAUGUGUUAUUACUGUAUGUGUGAAAUUAGAAUGUAUUUCUGCUGAGACGGAGACCACCCUCAGAGAGUGGUGCCUGUUGAUAACAUCUCUAUGUGUUGUGUACAGGUAUGGGAGAUGUCAGAACAUGGUUGGUCAGCUCUUCAAUAUGACCAGGAUGGACACUCAAAAUGUGUGGAUUUAAAAUGAAAUUUGAUUCUGUAAUAAAACUCCAAAUAGGGGAAGUGUA